UCUGUCGGGCUUCAGUUGAAUCUCAUCUCUCGACCGUGAAAGUUGAGCUCUGUGUGGCUUCUCAACUCAUCAAAUCCGCCUUCGGAGGAUGAUAUUGUGAUUUUUCCGUUGCGGGAUUUUAUCAAUUGAAUACAAUAAAAGUGUGGCAAACAGGAUGUCUUCAGUGCAGGAUAAAUUUCCUACCUUUGAGAAGAAGAUCCCCAUCAAGAGAUCAACUUCCUUCCAGCGUCUAAAGUGCUCUGCAGUUCUGCAAUUUCAAGUUGCAGGUUCGAAAUUCAAAAAGGAGGCUCUUCGGACGCACCUGGAGAAGCUCAUUAACUACUCAAGGGAGGUUCUGCAGAAAACCUACGCCACUCUCUCAACUCAAGCCUUCAAGCUCAUCUGUGCGGUUGUUUUAUGGAUUCUCGACUCCUUCGCGAAGCACCUCAACCUCCGGAUUCCCGACUGUGUCCUCGUCAAUUGGCUGCUCCCGCAGUGGAGUGCCGAGGGUGCGGAUGAAUUAUUGAGGAGGCCGCCUCAGGGGGCGCCCCAGCCUGCCGAGGAUGCCAAGUUGAAACACUUUUUGCCACACACCACAUCACAAUCCGAGCCAAGAGACACCAAAGCCACCCCUCAGCUGCGGAGCAUGAUUUAUGGUGGAGCUGCACUUGCCUGCCUUGAGUUCUUGACUCUCAUCCUCCUGCUGAGAGCAUCCCAAAUCCCGCCAGGACUCAUCUUCCUGCUCUCCUGCGUCGCACUCAUUGGAAGUCUCCUCCUCCUGAUUUCCGCCAGGACGUCCAUUCUGAGAUCAAAGUCCCUCGCAAAGUUCAUGCCACAGAUGCCCGUGUUGCCGGACAGGACGCACACCAGAUUGAGUCGGAUGCGAAACAAGACGUGCUACUUGAACCUCACUGAUAAGUCACUUAGUAAGAUUAAGCUGCUCUGAUUUGGUCUAUUUCAAUCACUUCAAUAUAAAUUAUUCUCCCUGCCUUUAUCUCUAUGGGUGGCUUUUUUUCGGGUUUCAUGCCUUUUUUGCAGUGGCUCGCUUGUGCUCAGAAAUGUGAUUAUUGUACUGUGAUGCAGUGAUGACUAUUUUUUUUUAAAGAAAGAAAAAACACUGGUGCAGAAAUAAAAGCAGUUGGACGGAUUA